AUGCUACAAAUUUUGGAGAGGGUCACUAGGCCCAAUACUGGUUCUAGGGGUCGUAGGUCAGUUACGGAACGACUUUGGUCCAAUGGGACAGAGUUAUUUAGGGGCAUCGCUGGAGUUGCUCCUAAUGUGGCCGAGUAUUGGAUGGAGGCCACGGAACUUAUUAUGGACAAUCUAGAUUUUACUACUGAGCAAAAGCUCAAGGGGGUUGUUUCACUGCUUUGCGAUGAAGUGUAUCAGUGGUGGUUGAUGGUUAAGGAGGGCACUCAGGCCGACUGGUUGACAUGGGAUCUAUUUAAGACGGCUUUCAAGAGAAAAUAUGUAGGGUCCGGUUAUAUCGAUGGUCAGAGUCGGGAGUUCCUUAAUCUUACUCAGAGAGAUCGUUCAAUGGCCGAGUAUGAGGUCGAGCUUCAGAGAUUGAGCCGUUAUGCGAGGGGCAUGGUGGCGACAGAUAUACGAGUUCUGAUAGCUCCUCAGAAGGAGCGGGAUUUCUCUGCACUGGUUGAAAAGGCGAAGAUCACCGAGGAAGUAAAGCCCAUUGAGCGCCAAAAUCGAGACAGAGGGAAGGCUAAGAAGGAUGCAGAGCCUUCGAAUUCUAUGACGAGGCCUAGGAAAAAGGCCAGGUCUGAUGGGCCUGUGAAAGUUGGGCCUACUGUUGCAUCUACUAGGGUGGCCAUUUGUCAUCACUAUAAUAGACGCCAUCCGAGCGAGUGUUGGAGGGCUACUGGAGCUUGUUUGAGGUGUGGGUCUACUGAGCACCAUGUUAAGGACUGUCUAUUGAGGACUAAUCAGAUGCAAGCUCCGACUAUUGAGACUGCACAGCCACUUAGGGGCCGAGGAUAG